AUGGCGUCCUACUUCCAAACCUCUUGGUUAUUCCCGGAAUACUUCAAGUCCUCCUCGAUGCCGAAGCGUCUUCUCCAGUACGUGCUCUCAAAGCUGGAGAUCCUCGAUACCGAUGACUUGGAUCUGGAGAAGCUCGAUAUCGCUUGGGGAAAGAAUAGCACGGUUGAGUUCCGAGACGUGGGGUUACGAUUAAGGAAAUUAGAGACUCUUCUCCAAUUGCCGCCAUCGUUUGAGCUUGUUAAAGCUCGUGUCCUACUCCUCCGCCUUACUAUACCUGUCGAUGUUUACAAUAGUCCCAUCAUUGUUGAGGUAGACGGGGUGGAGGGGCAACUACGAGUUAAAUCGAAACCGGAGAAAAACACGAAAUCGGCGCCACGUAAGAAUCAUAACUGGAAAGGGAGGCAGCCUCGGUCAAGGAGUUCCGGAAACAAGCCCUCCCGUACUGGAGGCCACAGUGGGAGACGAGAGUCGGACUUUACAGACGACGAUGAUUUGGAUCCAGCACUUCCAACAGCUGCUGAUUUGGCGCAGUCUUUCUUGCAGACUGAGCCAGAAAAUGCAAAGGCGGAGUUGGAAGCAGCACUAUUGUCAGAGACACAAGAGCUUGGAACAGCUUCUUCGGUUAUGAGCGAUGAUGGGGAACUUCCUAUUGGGACCGGAGCUCCCCUUUCACUCCCAACGUUUAUAACAAAUUUCCUCCAAGGCAUGGCCGACCGCUUGGAAGUAAGGAUUCAUGGAAUUACUCUGAAUUUAGAGCUCGAAAUCCCCAACGAGUCUUCGAGAUCCCCAACAGUGAACUCAGCAGAUACCGUCACAGUCCAGUUGAGGGUAGAAACUGUAGAUGUCGAAGGAGUUACACAAGAACUGGAGGAAUCCACAAUUUUGGGGGAAGACAGUCCGAAAUUACUAUACAAGGAAGGCAAACGGCUCAUUUCUCUGUCUAACAUAAGAGGGGCCCUGAUAUCCGAAGCAAGCCUCUUUUCGAGCCUAGCGAGAUCAUCUGGACUUUCCUCUCCAUCAGCAGCGCAUUCGGAUGUCUCUGAGGAUAGACGAGCUGCAUUCAAGGCUACUCAUCCACGGGGUAGUACAAUAAGGACAUUUGAUGGCGCUUCUUCUGAUCGUAGCUCUACUGCUUCAUCCGCGGGGCUCUCAACAACGUCUUUACCAAGAAACUCAAGCGAUAUACAGUCACUAAGUGGCUCGGUAGUUGCGAGCGAUAGCGGACGCUUUGAUGAUGCUUCAGAAGAUGGCGAGGCUUCACAUAUGGGAGACAGCACCCGUGGAGGUCUAAGUGAUGUGGGGGACAGCAUUUAUCAGAAUUCUGCAUAUCUAGACCAACUUACAGAGAGCCAAUAUUUGGAUGAGGAGGACGAACAGGAAAAUCUGUCUCAUUCUUUGUCAUAUUCUCAUAAUCCCCAGGCCAGCAUAAGGCGUAGCUCUCCCUUAUUGACCCCGAAGGCCUCAAUGCGCUUUCCGUCGACGCUGGAACGAGAAGCCGAUGAUUCUGGUUCUGCUGCUGAGCCGCGAUCCCCUGCCAUGCUGCAAUCUAAUAUCCUUCCGACUAGGCCUCACUCAAGGUUUUCAGAGGGACGUGUCUCUAUUUCUCAAGCGUUCCUUCCGGCAGACCUGUCGUCACACCUCAGUGCAGAGGGAGCUUCUUCAGAAAUCUUGGCUCAAAAUAUACCUGAUACUGCUGCCAAGGCCUCAGAAAGUGACGAAGAAGAUGGCGCCUCUACCCCUAUGGGCGAACAUGAUCUCGCAGAGUCACAAUUAUUUAGCCAUGAAGAUGCUGAGAGUAUGUACAUGAGUGCUAUUUCUCAUGCAUCAUCAACGGCGAAAGUCCCUGGGGGUUGGGCAAACUCAAGCAGUGACGGAAGUGAUGAGGAUGUCCCGUCAUCGCCCCACAGCCCGACUUUGCCCAAGACUGAGAACGAUUCGCGAGACAACUUGCAGCAUGCUCAGAAGCAUUCACCUAUGCAAACCAUCGCAGAUUUACAUUAUAUGGAACGGUCUUCAUCUUCAGUUGCCUCGUCUCUACGAAUAUCCAAAGCAUCAUCUUCGUCACCACCACAAAAACAGCCAUCGCCCCCAGUGCUACAAAUGUCCAGUGGUACCUCUGAGCUCUCCAUCACUUCCUCGGAUGAGUAUUCUAAACUUUCAAAGCAAGUUUUCAAUAUCGAUCGAGUCGACAUCUACAUUCCAGGUUCCAGACCCAGCAGGAUAGCAGAGCCUGAAAACAUAGCGCGAAGUACUUUUGACGGCCGAAGUGAGACAUCCCAAUCUACUUCUGUAAAUGUCCCAGGGGCAUUUUCAACACACCUGCCUAAGAAGAAAACAUCAUCCGAGGGCCCACAAGUAUCAGUUGAGGCACCAACCACAGCCUCUGUGAAGGGAAUGCAAAGUGAUGAUAAGGCGAUCGAAAUACAAAUUGGCCAGCUAUCCACUCAAUUUGAUAUAUCUGUGGGCAGAUUGAUCUUCAAGCUUGUGCAGCAGCUUCAAGAGGCUCUGAACCAAGAUGCCCCUCCUUCUACUCGUACUGAGCCGGAUACCACUUCUACUUCGCUCAAUAUCAAGCUGAGCGCCACGAAGAUCUCCGUUAUGUUUCUAGAGAGACUUGAAGGUACUUUGGGUUCGGCUCAAGCUGCCUCAGAUGAAGGUCGACCGGGCCGACCACAAGACAACGAUGUCCUUCUGCGGACAACACUUGAAGGUUUAAGUGUCAACACAGUGGCAUCACAGUCGACCACGAAGACUACGGCCACGCUGAAGAAGUUCGUCUUCGGUUACGCACAGGAGAGUAUUAUUUCUUUUGAUGCGGAUCUCCAAAUGCGAGCUUCUGUCCGAGAUCUGAAGGCCUCUGACGGGAUCGAUGUUCGUGUUCACAUCUCGACAACGGAAGACGUCACACGAUGUGAAGUCAUUACAUUACCAAUGCAUGUUGCUAUAGACCUACAAAGGCUUGAUGAGACGUUUAGCUGGUUUGGUGGGCUCAGCAGCGUCUUGAACUUAGGCAGCUCUAUAGCUUCAAAUACCACUGUCACCGCGAGCAGCCCCAGCAAGCCAAAACCUCGGGGCGUACGUUUCGAGACCCCGAUCAAGCCUGGUGAUAAAUCGUUAGUUGCUCAGAAUAAAGCAGAUGUCAGAAUAGGUGGCUUUGUCCUUGAUCUUGUUGGGGCCGAUUGUAGUAUUGGUGUAGAAACAUCAGCUGUCAAGAUUGUCAAUCGCGAUGAGGGCAUAGGAGUCUUUGUACAAGCAACCAGACUCUCUGGACCACAUCUCAGACACUCCAACGAGGACCCUGCCAUCAUUGCGGAUAUCAACUCAAUCCGUGUCGAGUUCCUUCCAUCGCCUAAGGAUGCGGAUUUAGCUCGUCUCCUUGCUCUUAUCACACCGUCGAAAUCGAAGUAUGACGAAGAUGAUGACAUUCUCCUUGAUACUUUGAUGCGUCAGCGCAGACAUGGUCCAGUCUUGAGGCUCAAUUUUGACGAUUUUCAAGUCCGCAUGGCUAGGUUAGACGAGCUCAAUUAUCUUCCGGACCUUGGCGAGGAGGUUUCAAGGCUGGCUACUGUUGCAAAGUAUCUUCCUGACGAUGAGCGUCCCGGUCUAUUAGCUCUUAUCACGGUCCAUAAAUUCGAUGUACAUAUCGACGUGAACAAUACUGUGGGCACCGUGCAACUGUCGUCUAGGGAUAUCGAGGUGGCACAGAUCACUUUGCCGGCCCUUGUAGCUACCCGUAUUAAUACCAUAUCAGUUCGCCGUAACGGAUCAGAGGAAAUCAUCGGCGCUACAACCGACCCCGAGCAGCAGCAGCCAAGUACUAGGUUUCCUGCAAUUAUGGCGCGCAUGAUUGGCGACGAGAUGGAGCCAGUCAUCAAGAUCAAGUUAUGGAAUGUUAAGAUUGAGUAUAGGGUGCCUACUCUGCUGACUCUACUUGGACUUCUAGACAAUGCAUCUCCACAGGACAUGUCGGCGAGUCUAGCAGCAUCAGUAGCCACACUAACCGACUUUGCGCGUUCAAAGGCUGCUCAGGUGGCACAUCCCCCGGCCCCUAGCCCCCCCGCAUCAAAGCCAAUAGCCGUCGAUAUUGUCAUGCGAGAUUGCAGUCUGGCGUUGAAUCCUCUCGGCCUUCCAUCGAAACUCCUUAUUGUGCUAUCAGAAGCACAUCUAAGUGCCACCCUCCCUAAAGAUCAGAACACAUCUGCUUCAUUGGAAUUGAGCAAAGCUUCACUGCUCAUCGUUGAUAAUGUUUCCCACCUUGUUUCGGGAGAUCUUUCGAACAGACCUAAACGCCACUCAUUCGAUGGCGGUAGUAGUCAAGUAGCAGAUCUUUGCGCUAUGGGGUACGUUUCUGUCAGCUACAUCUCCUCAGCAAAAGCAGAGGUUAAGGUCACGGCUGGCGAAGACGCCGAGCAUUCGAUAGAUGUGCAGCUUCGGGAUGAUCUAUUUGUUCUCGAGACAUGCGCCGAUUCUACGCAAACCCUGAUCGCCAUCUUGAAUGGGCUGGCUCCGCCGUCAGUGCCGAGCAAAGAGACCAAGUAUCGGACAAAGGUCAUACCUGUCCACGAUCUCCUUGCAUCUCUGAGUGGUGACGCCUUUGGAACUGCGGAAGGAGAUUACAACUUUGACGACGAUUUUGGCCUUAACGAGGGCUCGGAUGCUGAAGAUUUUGGGGGAGAUGGGCCAGAAGACCUAGAUUUCGAUUCACAUUUUUACCAGCAAGAUGGUGAUGAAGAGUAUGAUGAGGCUAUUCUGGAAGACGAAGGCGGUCUCUCGGCUUCGACACAGCUCAGUACGCGUGACACCCGUGAUGGGGUCCUACUAGAAAGCUUUAUAGAACCAGAGGCCGAGGAGGAAGUUGGUGAACUUGACUUCCACGAGAACCACUUCGGCACAGGUUCCGUCCAAGGAACCGCGCACCGGUGGAAUUCGACAAAGAACACGUAUGAUCGUUCGAAUGCCUCCAAGGUCCGUAAGAGCCCUCUGAAGGUUUGUGUUCGGGAUGUACACAUCAUCUGGAACCUCUUCGAUGGCUACGACUGGCAGAACACUCGGGAUACGAUCACCAAAGCAGUCCAGGAUGUCGAGUCACAGGCCAUCGAAAGGAGAGCACGCAAUGAUAGGCGCUCCACAUUCGACCAAGAUAUCGAUGAUGAGGAUACAGUAAUUGGCGACUUCCUCUUCAACUCAAUAUACAUCGGUGUCCCAGGAAAUCGCGACCCUCGAGAACUCGCAGCCGCGAUCAAUCAAGAGCUAAACGAUACUGCUACCGAAACGGAGUCCAUCGCUACUACCUACAUCUCAUCUUCGCCAAGUAGGCAAGGAAGUUCUCGUCAGCCCAAGCCUAAGAAACUUCGGCUGAACAGGAGUAAGCACCAUAAGAUAACCUUCGAAUUAAGAGGUGUCUCUGUAGAUCUUGUAACUUUCCCUCCGGGUACUGGUGAGACUCAAAGUUCAGUUGAUGUUCGCGUAAAUGAUCUCGAGAUCUUUGAUCAUGUUCCAACAUCGACAUGGAGGAAAUUCGCUACCUACAUGCAAGAUGCCGGGGAGCGGGAAUCGGGAACCAGUAUGAUACAUCUCGAGAUUCUGAACGUGAAGCCUAUCCCCGAUUUAGCAGCCUCUGAAAUUGUACUCAAGGCAACUGUCCUUCCUCUGCGCCUUCAUGUCGACCAAGAUGCUCUGGAUUUCAUCACGCGAUUUUUUGAGUUCAAAGAGGAUUCUUCGGCACCCUCUCACUCCGCGCCCGGCGAUGUUCCAUUUAUCCAAAGAGCAGAAAUCAACUCGGUGCAGGUCAAGCUGGACUUCAAGCCAAAGCGUGUGGAUUAUGCAGGUCUACGAUCAGGUCAUACGACGGAAUUCAUGAACUUCAUAAUUCUAGAUGGAGCAGAUAUGGAACUUCGACAUACCAUUAUAUAUGGCGUCUCUGGGUUUGACAAGUUGGGGAAAUGUCUGAAUGACAUAUGGAUGCCCGAGAUCAAGCGUAACCAGCUUCCUGGCAUCCUUGCUGGACUAGCUCCCGUAAGAUCGAUUGUGAACGUGGGUGGAGGUUUCAAGCAUCUCAUUACGGUCCCGAUCAAGGAAUACAAAAAGGAUGGACGAGUUGUUCGGGGUAUUUCGAAAGGGGCUUCCGCUUUUGCAAAGACAACAGGUACAGAGCUCGUAAAAUUGGGUGCUAAAGUUGCUAUUGGAGUACAAACUGUUCUUCAAGGCGCAGAAGGCUUUCUAGGCCCUAUCUCGGAAGGUACGAUGUCUACUGCUGAAGAUGAUGAUUCGGAGGACAAAAAGCAGAUCAGCCUUUACGCCAACCAGCCUGUUGGUGUAUUCCAAGGUCUGAGAGGCGGUUAUGCAGGGCUGCAGAGGGAUCUAGUCCUUGCACGCGAUGCAAUCAUCGCUGUGCCAGGGGAAGUAAUGGAGAGUGGGAACGCGGCUGGCGUCUUGCGGGCCGUACGGAAACAUGGACCGACCGUGAUCCUUCGGCCCGCUAUUGGGGUAGCAAAAGCAGGAGGACAGAUCUUGAUGGGUGCCACGAACUCGUUGGACCCAGUCAAUUUACAGCGAGCUGAUGCCGCUAGAUUUGAAUCCUUGAAACUGACUUGCGUUGCAGAAAUACAAGAGGCACUGAUGAAGUUAUGA